UCGGCCGUCUCGCUAGGGCCCGAUAUAUGGGCCUAUCGGCCGAAUAAUUUGGCCCAGUUUAAAUUUUUUUUGCCCGGCCCAGCUUCGAGAGCCUUCCAGUUAGGCUUCCGCUGAGACAAAACCACGAACCCACGCUACCUAACCCUAAAUCGCUCUUUCCAUGUCCGUCCUCCUGUGUGCGGCGCCGCCGCUGCGCACAGGCCACAUCUCCUCGCCCUCCUCGACAUCUCCGGCCAAGGCGCUCACUUCUCCGGCCCUCCUCCACAUCUCCUCGCCUCCACCCCAUCCACUUCCUGUCGAAGACUGCGGCAACGGAGCUCGGCGGCUGCGGCCCUUCUCCAAGACUGCAGCAUGGUGCUCGGCGGCUGCGGCAACGGAGCUGAUGGAGCGCGAGCCGACCAGUUCAACGGAGGCAGUAGCACGGGGCAGCGGCAGCAGCAUGGAGGGCGUCCGCUUGACUGGAAAGAGAAUGUAUUUGUUGAUAGUGAGAGUGAGGAUAAUGAUGGGGUGAGUGAGGAUGGGGAAGAUGCUCCAUCCAUGCAUGAUCAGCAAGAGGCGCAAAUGCAAGUGGAAAAAGAGACACAAAUUCAAGUGGAAAAGGACGCACCUCCAAGAGAUGGCAAUUUGGAGACCCGUAGAUCUGUACGGCUUGUCAAGAAGAAGACCAAGGGCAUCAACAGCCUAUACCCUGUUGCUUAGAAAUCUGUUGGCAAGUCUCUUCUUUCUAGUGUUUUGUGAUUCAUGAUAAUUGCUUAGAAAAUUUUAGUUACUUGGAGCUGCUAGUUUCUUAGAUGUAUACACUUUCUAUCCAUGCCUAGCCUUCGUUGUCAUGUUAAGCAAUGUAUUUAUGUUAUCCUGAAAUGUUACCACUUGACUAUUGUUGCACUAGACACCUCCAUGUUAGUCCAUUUUAUUUCAUUAUGCACAAAGUGGAAGAAGAAAAUUCUGAUGUUGAACUACAUCCAUCCUGAUUUUCCUUUUGUAU